GAAACUUGUUUAACCAUGUGCCAUUGUGUACGUGUAUCAUCAAAUCUAAAAAAUGUGCUGAUAAGUGACGUCUUUAGCCUUUAAACUGUGUCCAUAUAAAAGACCGCAAUAGAUUUUUGUCACAUCAGAUGUAAGGUUUGCAACAUGGUGCAAAGUGGACGAAAUAGACACUGAAAUAGUUUUAAACAUCAAGAGCAGUGAGGGUGGGGAAUUCAAAACGUUUCAUCUUUCUCUUCACCUGGAUUCAAAAGAAAAAGGAUGGCUGUGGCACAGAUAAUAUCAAUCUUCCUGAUUAUAAUGGUGACUGCUGCACCUACAACUACAGCAGCUUCAACCGACGCAACAGUGACUGCUGCAAGUACAACAGCGGAUCGGGCAAGUUCCGCAACAGUGGCUGAUGCACCUUCAACUGCAGCAGCUUCAACUGCCACAACAGCGACUGAUGCAACUACUACUACAGCAGCAACGACUGCUGUUCCGACAACAGUAGCAUCUUCAACUGAGGCAACAGCGACUGCUGCAAGUACAACAGUGGAUCCUGCAACAGUGACUGAUGCACCUACAACCACAAGAGCGUCAACUGACACAACAACGACUGCUGCAAGUACAACAGCGGAUCCGGCAACUUCUGCAACAGUGACUGAUGAACCUACAACUGCAGCAGCUUCAACUGCCACACCAGCGACUGAUGCCCCUACAACUACAGCAGCAACGACUGCUGUCCCGACAACAGCAGCAUCUUCAACUGACGCCACAGCAACUGCUGCAAGUACAACAGCGGAUCCUGCAACGUCUGCAACAGUGACAGAUGACGUUUCAACUGCAGUAGCAACGACUGCUGCACCUACAACUGCAGCAGCUUCAACUGCCACAACAGCGACUGAUGCAAGUACAACAGUGGAAACUGCAACUUCCGCAACAGUGACUGAUCCACCUACAACUACUUUAGCUUCAACUGACGCAACAGUGACUGCUGCAAGUACAACAGCGGAUCCGGCAAGUUCCGCAACAGUGGCUGAUGCACCUACAACUGCAGCAGCUUCAACUGCCACAACAGCGACUGAUGCAACUACUGCUACAGCAGCAACGACUGCUGUUCCGACAACAGUAGCAUCUUCAACUGACACAACAACGACUGCUGCAAGUACAACAGCGGAUCCGGCAACUUCUGCAACAGUGACUGAUGCACCUACAACUGCAGCAGCUUCAACUGCCACACCAGCGACUGAUGCAACUACUGCUACAGCAGCAACGACUGCUGUUCCGACAACAGUAGCAUCUUCAACUGAGGCAACAGCGACUGCUGCAAGUACAACAGCGGAUCCUGCAACGUCUGCAACAGUGACAGAUGACCUUACAACUGCAUUAGCAACGACUGCUGCAACUACAACUGCAGCAGCUUCAACUGCCACAACAGCGAAUGAUGCAAGUACAACAGCGGAUCUUGCAACUUCCGCA